AUGACGUCUCUUAGCGCCUUCACUAUUUGCUACAGAAUCCGCCUCUUCUAUUACCGGAGAGAGUCUGUGGUUCUGUCGUACGCUAUCAGUGACGAGGAUAAUAAUAUCAUCAGAUUAGACCACACCACCCGAGGCUUCCGAAUGCAGUUAGUUGGAGCGCUGAACACCUCGGGGCAGAGCACACCCCUGUGGCAUUGGUGUCACUAUUGCUUAGCGGCCAACCUCUCUUCGGGAGACUGGGCCAUGGCCAUUCAGGGUGAAAUCACCAUCAGGGAUCAAGGCGACAUAAGGCUAAUCAACAAGAGCAUAGACGGCGAUGGAGUCUUAAUUUUGGGCCAAGACCAAGACGUGCUCGGAGGAGGGUUUCAGGAGGACCAGUCCCUAUCAGGGGAGAUAUCAGCACUGCACAUUUGGGAUUAUGCACUGGACGACGUCACGAUAAAUGAUAUUGCUAAUUUCCAGUCCAACUUGCAAGGUCAGCCUCAACUUCCUCUAUUGAUUUCUAGCUGUGAUAUGGAGAUAGUUUUGUAG